UGUAUCUGUUUUUCUUUUCUUCUUCUUUAAUUCUCUGAAUUAGUAGUAAAGGAACAGAAAAACCACAAGAACAUCUCUAUAUUUGUUUUCUUUAUGGUGAAUCUUUCCAAAUAUGGAAAUAACUCUUGGGUUAUUGAUAUUAAUUUUGAUAGUAGUUUUGAGUGCUGGGUUGAGUUCAGCUGGGGACAUAGUUCACCAGGACAACGUUGCUCCAAAAAGACCUGGCUGUGCUAAUAACUUUGUUCUGGUAAAAGUCCCAAUCUGUAUUGAUGGUAUAGAAAACAAUGAGUAUGUUGGUGUUGGUGCACGUUUUGGACUUACUUUGGAAUCGAAGGAGAAAGAUGCAAAUCAUAUCAGGCUUGCUCUUGCAGACCCUCCUGACUGUUGCAGCAAGCCUAGGAAUCAGCUUACAGGGGAGGUCAUUCUGGUGCAUCGAGGUAACUGUAGUUUCACAGUGAAGACAAAUGUUGCUGAAGAAGCUGGUGCUUCUGCUAUCCUCAUUAUAAACAACCAAACAGAACUCUUCAAGAUGGUUUGUGAAUCAGAUGCUGAUGUAAAUAUAAAAAUACCAGCUGUCAUGCUUCCUCAGGAUGCUGGUUCCAAUUUGGAAAAAUAUAUAAAUAAUAGCACACAGGUUUCUGUUGCGCUUUACUCCCCAAAGCGUCCAGCAGUUGAUAUUGCUGAAGUCUUUUUGUGGCUAAUGGCGGUUGGUACCAUUUUGCUUGCUUCUUAUUGGUCUGGAUGGACUGCAAGAGAAAUUGCUAUUGAGCAAGAUAAGCUACUAAAGGAUGCAUCAGAAGAAUUUAUACAAGUGGGAAGUGCUGGUUCAAGUGGUUUUGUUGACAUAAAUACAAUGUCAGCAAUUCUCUUUGUUGUGUUUUCUUCAUGUUUCUUGGUCAUGCUUUAUAAGCUUAUGUCAUUCUGGUUUGUUGAGGUCCUGGUGGUUCUGUUUUGCAUCGGUGGAGUAGAGGGUCUGCAAAUGUGCUUGGUGACUUUGUUAUCAAGUUUCAGGUGUUUUCAACGCUUUGCUGAAUCAUUUAUUAAAGUACCCUUCUUUGGAGCUGUUUCGCAUCUGACGCUAGCUGUUUGUCCCUUCUGCAUCACAUUCGCUGUUGUUUGGGCAGUGUACCGACGAAUCUCCUUUGCCUGGAUAGGUCAAGAUAUUCUCGGUAUUGCUCUUAUAAUCUCGGUCCUUCAGAUUGUUCGUGUUCCAAAUCUCAAGGACGGAACGGUUCUUCUCGGCUGCGCUUUCUUGUAUGAUAUCUUCUGGGUGUUCGCUUCCAAACAGUUGUUUCAUGAGAGCGUGAUGAUUGUGGUAGCUCGUGGCGAUAGGAGUGGUGAGGAUGGCAUACCGAUGCUUCUAAAAAUUCCGCGUAUGUUUGAUCCUUGGGGUGGUUACAGCGUUAUUGGAUUCGGAGACAUAAUCUUACCUGGACUCCUAGUUGCGUUUUCUCUAAGAUACGAUUGGCUGGCAAAUAAGGAUCUCCGAACAGGCUACUUUGUGUGGGCAAUGACGGCCUAUGGUUUAGGUCUUUUGGUCACGUAUGUGGCCUUGAACAUGAUGGACGGACACGGCCAACCUGCAUUGCUUUACAUCGUUCCCUUCACACUCGGGACCUUUAUUACACUGGGGAAAAAGAGAGGUGAUUUCGGGACUCUGUGGACUAGUGGAGAACCGGAACGGCCUUGUCCGCAUGUGAAACUUCAGCCCUUGCAACAAAAAGAUUAAUUAUGGUAACGAGCCAUGAGAAAUAAGUGUCCUCAAAUGUGUGCCGAUUUCAGUUUCUGGUAGAGAAGCAAAUGAAAAGGCCUUUUUUAACCCUUUAGGUUGUAGAUCUGAAGAAGCAUGUAAUGUUUGCUUUCUAGUUAUUUCGUCACCGUUAGAACCUGACCCUAAGUACUUCUAAAUCAGUUCGUAAUCAAGUAUAAGCAGUACGUGAUCA